CGCUCUCGCCGCCGCCGCCGCUCGCCGUCAUGCUGGAGGAGGCCGGCGAGGAGGUGCUGGGCUCGGUGCUGCUGAAGGCCUCGUGCCUGCCGCUCAGCUUCCUGCUGGUGGUGCCGGCCGUCCUGCUGCUGCUGCUGGGCCCGCCUCCGGCCUCGGCCGCCCACGAGUUCACCGUCUACCGCAUGCAGCAGUACGAGCUCGGGGGGCAGCCCUACGGCACUCGGAAUGCCGUGCUAAAUACAGAGGCCCGCACAGUUGAGGCGGAUGUCUUGAGCCGCCGCUGCGUGAUGAUGCGGCUGAUGGACUUCUCCUACGAACAGUACCAGAAGGCGCUUCGCCAGUCGGCCGGUGCCGUGGUGAUCAUCCUGCCACAGAACAUGUAUUCGGUGCCUCAGGAUGUCAUCCGGCAAUUCAUGGAGAUUGAGCCAGAAAUGCUGGCGAUGGAAACCAUUGUGCCGGUCUACUUUGCUGAGGAAGAUGACGAUCUCCUCUCAAUCUACGAGCAAACGCAGGCGGCUUCUGCGUCGCAAGGCUCGGCUUCAGCUGCUGAAGUACUUUUACACACAGCAACUGCCAACGGCUUCCAGAUGGUGACCAGUGGGGCUCAGAGCAAAGCAGUCAGUGACUGGCUCAUCACCAGUGUGGAGGGUCGGCUGACUGGUCUGGGAGGAGAGGACUUGCCUACUAUUGUAGUAGUCGCUCACUACGACUCUUUUGGAGUGGCACCGUGGCUCUCCCAUGGCGCCGACUCCAACGGCAGUGGGGUCGCCAUGCUCCUGGAACUGGCCAGGCUGUUCUCUCGCCUCUACACGUACAAACGGACACACGCCGGGUAUAAUCUGCUGUUCUUUGCGUCUGGAGGUGGCAAGUUUAACUAUCAAGGGACCAAGCGGUGGCUGGAAGACAACUUGGAUCACACAGAUUCCAGUUUGCUGCAGGACAACGUGGCCUUCGUACUCUGUCUGGACACUCUGGGGAGAGGGAACAGUCUCCACCUACACGUCUCGAAGCCCCCAAAGGAGGGGACCCUUCAGCAUGCUUUUCUGAAGGAGCUGGAGCUGGUGGUUGCCAGCCAGUUCCCAGAGGUGAGGUUCUCCAUGGUGCACAAGAAAAUCAACCUCGCGGAAGACAUGCUGGCCUGGGAGCAUGAGCGCUUUGCCAUCCGGCGCCUCCCAGCCUUCACCGUCUCCCACCUUGAGAGCCACCGAGACGGCCUGCGCAAGAGCAUCAUGGACGUGAGGUCAGCCGCUGGGGCACGGGUCGACCCCAAAAUUCUAACCCGCAACACCCGCAUUGUUGUGGAGGCUUUGACGCGGGUUAUCUACAACCUAACAGAAAAGGGAGUACCUGUUGACCUCCAGAUCUUCACAGACCAGAUGCAGAUCCAGCAGGAACAGAUGGAGUCGGUGAUGGACUGGCUCACCAGUCAGCCAAGGGCCGCUCAGCUGGUCGACAAAGACAGCACUUUCAUCAACACUCUGGAAUAUUACAUGAGCCGCUACCUGAAAGACGUCAAGCAGCAUCACGUGAAGGCAGACAAGCGGGACCCCGAGUUCGUUUUCUACGACCAGUUGAAGCAAGUAAUGAAUGCUUAUAGGGUCAAACCUGCCAUCUUUGAUCUCCUCCUGGCUCUCUGCAUUGCUGCCUAUCUCGGGGUAGCCUAUGUUGCUGUCCAGCACUUCAGUCUGCUUUACAGGUUGGUGCAGAGGCUGUCCCUGAAACCCAAGCAACAGUGAAAGGGUUCCAGAGGCACCGCCAUUGGAAAUGAGCCCGUCCGGACCAGCGCUGUGUUGGAUGCUACUGCUGCUGCUGCUCGUUCCCUCGUUCCGUUUCGCGACACCGGAGCAGGAGGCAGAAGCCAAGACGGAAAACACCCUUCCACUCCCUUGUGUUUCGCGGGCCUGCGUUGCUCUCCCUUCCCGCUCCCCCACCCCCCUUCCUCGGGACAGAGCCCCAGGCGUUCACACACACACACACACACACACACACACA